CCAGCUAGCCAACCUUGUGCAAUGGCCCCCGGUAUCUUGGCGAUAAGGCUAACCAGUGGCUAACCACUCUAUCGAUAGAGCUCGCAUGUAGAAUUAGCCCCGUAAAAAGUAUCGUAAAAAAGUAUCUUGAGCUUCUGCCCAAAAAGCCGCUUCUGCUUGGUGGUUACGUCAAUUCCAAUCCGCAUUCGAGUUCGGGUUCUCGUGCAGUUAUUGCCUUGAAUGCUGAGCGAUGAGGUCGUGGCCUGUCCUUUUCUGGCUGCUGACCCUGGCGCUCCUGGCGGAUGGAGGUCAUCGCGAGUCCCAGCUUCGGAUCGGCAAGGCCAUCAAUAUAUUCUUGCGCUAUGGCUACCUGAGUAUCUCCAUGCGGGUGAUACCGCUCAAUGACAACGUGGAGCCGGAGCGUUGGGUGUUUAAGGAGCCCACCAGGAAUAUCUACAGGAACCUGAGUGGCUUGGAGGAGAGCCAUGAGGACACCACGCCGGGCAUCUUUCACGGGGACUUUCACAUGGAGUUCUGCGAGAACCGGAGGCAGUUGUUUCAAGCAUAUUUCCGGGACUUCUCCAUCGAGCACAUGGACAAGCCGUGGGAGGCGUUCUCGGGCGGAUGGUUUCCGGACAAUGCGGCCAAGAAGCUGGGCAUCAAUACGUCCUUCAUCCAAGGCGAUUACUCGUACGUUUUGGUGAGGGUGGUGCGAUUCAGGGAGACGGGUCGCCUGAAGGCCGAGAUCCCGGAGCAGCAGCCCCUGGAACCGGAUGUUAGGUAUCGCAUGGAUCAGGUGGAAAUCGGGAAUAUAACGUCCGCAGUUCGAUUUAUGGAAACGGUGGGCACGCACUAUGUGAACUCGUACACCACCGGCAAUUCGCUGUACCAGGUGUUUGUGUACAGCCGCAAGAACUACAGCAUGAUCAAGGAGCGAAUCAAGAGCAAGGGCCUGAAUGGCCUCUCGAAGCUGGAUCUCUACAACUACUUUGCACCCUGGUUCGCCGCGCAUCUCGGCCGCAUUCGAUCGGCCAGCGCCAAUGCGACGGUGGAACGUUGGGCCAACCGGAAGCUGCAGUACGAGUACUAUGUGGUGAAGUACGUGACCCUGCUGAAGCUGCACGGGAAUAGUACGCUCCUGCGAUCGCUGGACGCGCUGCUGGGCAACGAUGCCAUCCUGCAGCUGGACCUCAGGUCGCUGAAGCCCCUCUUCCGGGGGGAGCCGGAAAAGGAGAGCUGGUACCACGAGGUCCUCGACAACAACAUGAAGCUCUGGGAGCUCAACAUGCCGCAAAGUCUCUCCAGCCGAUAGGAGGAUAUC